AUGCCACUUCACCCGCGUUUUCCGCCAGCUGCUGACGUGGCAAAGGAGUUCAAAGAGCAAGUUCAGCUGCUUCAAGACCAGGUAAGUACCACAUACUGGGGAGAUGACACAAAACAAGACCAGGAGCUUACCACCUGCGCUUCCUCUACUCGUGACUCUUCCUCGCGUGAUUUUUAUCCCUCUCACUCCCCCUUUUCCUCUCUCCCCUCCCUGUCUACCUGUUCCUCUCUCCACAUUCCUCUCUCCCCUCCGUUGUCUGCUCUCCCCUCUCUCCCCUCUUUCCUCUUCCCUCCCCUCGCCUCUUUCCUAUUCUCCGUGUCCACCUUUCCCGACGCAGGAAGAGCAGCGGCGGCAGCAGCGGCGGUGAUGCUUCUGGCAUCAAGGGACCAAGCGUUGCUGCUACUGCCCUCUGCGGUACCGCCUCUCAUCAGCCUCCUCACAUCGUCAUCAGACAUGCACGUGCGGCGCAAUGCACUGGCGGCCCUCACGGCCCUCAUGUCUCGCUCGCAGAACCUGCACUCUACAGUCGCCAACACGCCAGGCAUAGGAGCGUUGGUGGUGGGAGCACUGAAGGAGGAGGUGGGGUUGCGCAUCAACGCUGCUGCCUUCCUCUCCAACCUCGCGCUAGAUGCGGAGGGAGUGAGUGUCAUCACAUCAAGUGCGGGCCAGGAGGCGCUUGCAACUGCUCUCCAAGCGACUGACAACACCGACCAGAGCAGGGAGGCACUGGUGGAUGCCAUGUGUGCCAUAGCAUCCUCCUCCAAAGAAGCAGCAGCUCUCCUUGUCGCCAAGGGUGCAUUGGAGCCGGUAGCAGCUCUGCUGCCCGCGCCACACUCCUCUGAAGUGCACGUGCGAGCUCUCAUUGCCAUCGGCGUGCUGCUACCCGCCAGCCCUGAUGCGCCAUCGCGUCUGGCAUCUGUCCAAGGAGCACUCCCCUCCCUGCCAGCUCUUGCCAGGUCAGAUGACCAGGAUGUGCGCGUCAUUGCUGCCGAUCUCUUCACGACAAUUGCAAAGCACACAGAACUACGACCUCUGCUCGAGCAACAACUACGAGCCAAGUAG